AUGAAAAUUCUUCGAAUUGAUAUGUUAUCAACAGACAGUGAUUUGAGCGAAUCAAAUUUUUACUCGGAUGGCCAGGAAAGGGACUUAAAAAGAAUGGAAAAAAAAAAUACGAAUUGGGGUUUGUACAACAUAAGCAGUGAUGUAGACAGUGACAAGGAGUAUUUUAGUGAUUGUUUUGAAGCGGACACCAAAGCGAUUCCGAACGGGGGGGAAGUUUUUAACGAAAAUGUCACCCAUGAGGAGGGUAAAAAGUCCGCGGGUGACAAUGCCGAAUGCGGUCAUGGAGAAGAUGACUUAACGAGCGAUUUGGAAAACUUCCAAAGCUUGGACUUAAGCAUGUCCGACGAGGACGACAAAAGAUUUGGGGAGAAGGAAAAAAUUAUCGAGAAGUACAAAAUUAAUAUAAGAACAGAAUCGGACAUAUCUUUUGAGGAAGAAAAAAGUUUUAGCCAUAGCAUAGAAGUAUGCGACAAUGCAGAAGAGGUGCAAAGUAGGCCAUUAAAUUUUUAUGGGGAUGAAUCGAAUGACAAACCGUUAGGAUGUGCAACAACAGAGGAGCAUUCUGUACAUGGAGGAAAUGACGCUGCAGGUGAAGUGAGCGAAAGGGGUGACCCUUUUGAAGGGGAAGAUGAAUUAACCAGGAAGAAGGAUUACUCGAAUGAGGAUGCAGCCGAGGGGGAGAGGGAAAAUCACAGGAAUAACGAAGCGGAAGUGGAAGAAGAGCCAAAUGACAAACAAAUAGACACCAACGCGGGUGAGAAAGACGGAGAGAGUGAAUCCGGGAACGACACAAAAUUUGGUGAAGCAGAGAAAAAAGUAAAGGAGUGCGACACGUUGGACAGUGGCAUAAAUGUUAAUUAUAGGAAUAGUACCUCCAAAAAGGAGCUCGUGAACGAACUUAGUUUAACCAAUGAGAAAAGGGAUGGGAGUAUUGGGGGGAGUGGGCGCCCAGCCGGAAAUUUUUCAUUUGUGCUUGUAGGGGGUGUAAGGCAUGGCAACGCGCCUGAGAGGGGUGUGUAUAAAGCGAACAAGCGCGGUACCGAAGUGGACGUUGUAGGAAAAACUGGCCAUACGAGAAAUGUCGAAAGGAGGCCCAGCCAAUUCGAUUGCCCAAGAAAUGUCCCCCUUUUUGCUUAUUACUCCAUGGGGAAGUACGCGCAAAAUGGCGAAUGGGAAAGAAAGCAACACCACCAAUCUAUGGACGAGCUGAACACCAGUAGCGCCUACGAAAGGAGCGAGAUUGGGGACUCGUUUAGCAGUGAUCCUGAAAAUGGUGCUGAGUAUGGCGACGAUGAUGAAAAUUACCCGCACGAUGGAAACUUUCACCAAUACCAGCACGAGAACGUUGUCUGCAAAGACGGACGGCCCCAGUAUUUCCCCCUGUAUGGAAAUAGAAGCAAACUGAACAAAUCUGAGAACCAUAAAAUUUGCUUAAAAUCACCUCUUAUUCGAAAGCAGAGUUUUAGUGAAGCCCCUGAGCAGCAGUGCAGGCAAAGUGAAAAAAGAAAUACACGCAACAAGAAGGCUGACCAUUACAUCUACAUGUGCAGGCAGAAGAGUCGAGAAGGCAGAAAUGACUUUAAUGAUCCAAAUUGCUAUAUGCCUCCGAAGAAGCAUAAUGUGUACGGGGAAAAGUUGUAUGAACAGAGAAGGGUGAAAGAAUUCAAAAGUGUGAGCAAACGGACGGUUGGCGUUCAAAUAAAUUUGAGAGCCAAAAAAGAAUACAAAACAAAGGAGAAGACGGAAAGCGAAUGCUACAUUCCAAGUUACCGAAGGGUGAAGAUAAAAAUCCCCGUCUUCGAACUGAAACAGGCUGAAAUAAAGAAUUACGACUAUGAUGCAGUUGUGGUGAAGGAUGGAAGGGUUGUUCCACAGAAAAAGGAUCCCAUACGGGAAUUUCUCCGGGCCUAUAUUUCGUACAUAGACGAGCGCUAG